UGAGUGUGUGUUGUCUUUGCUUUUUUUAGCUGCAGAGUUCUCCGGCUGCUCCGCUCCGGGACCGAGAGGACUGAAGCCAAAAAUCUUCAGCACAGUUUUCUGUGUAAGAAAAGAAAAAACAAGGACUCUUCUUCUCUGCUCCUCAUCGUCAUCACGGCUGAUAUCUGAGUCCACCAGUCAGGCAGCUCUGAGAGGGACUACACGAACGGGUCCAUGGAAGGGAACUACGAGGGUCACGAGGGCUCCUUCAUGUUUACCUCUGAGUCAGUGGGAGAGGGACAUCCUGAUAAAAUCUGCGAUCAGAUCAGUGAUGCUGUGCUCGACGCUCACCUGAAGCAGGACCCUAAUGCUAAAGUGGCCUGUGAGACGGUGUGUAAGACGGGCAUGGUGCUGCUGUGCGGUGAGAUCACAUCACGAGCCAACGUGGACUAUCAGAAGGUGGUGAGAGACACCAUCAGAGACAUCGGCUACGACAACUCCAACAAAGGUUUUGACUAUAAGACCUGUAACGUGCUGGUAGCUCUCGAGGAGCAGUCUCCUGACAUCGCUCAGGGAGUUCACAUCGAUCGUCCGGAGACCGACAUCGGAGCUGGAGACCAGGGUCUGAUGUUCGGCUACGCCACAGACGAGACAGAGGAGUGCAUGCCGCUCACCGUUGUCCUCGCUCACAAACUCAACGCCAAGAUGGCCGAGCUGAGACGUAAUGGGACGGUCCCUUGGCUCCGCCCAGACUCCAAAACACAGGUGACGGUUCACUACCUGCAGGAGAACGGAGCUGUGAUCCCAAAGCGUGUCCACACCGUGGUGAUCUCGGUGCAGCACGACGACGACGUGAGUCUGGACGAGCAGAAAGAAGUCCUGAAGGAGAAGGUGAUCAAAGCUGUGGUUCCCUCCAGGUACCUGGACGAGGACACCGUCUACCACCUGCAGCCCAGCGGACGCUUCGUGAUCGGAGGACCACAAGGUGACGCCGGAGUGACGGGCAGGAAGAUCAUCGUGGACACGUACGGCGGUUGGGGGGCUCAUGGGGGCGGGGCUUUCUCUGGAAAGGACUACACUAAGGUGGACCGCUCGGCCGCCUACGCCGCCCGCUGGGUGGCAAAGUCUCUGGUGAAGGCUCAGCUGUGCCGCAGGGUGCUGGUGCAGGUGGCGUAUGCGAUCGGAGUGGCCCACCCGCUCUCCAUCUCUCUGUUCACAUACGGCUCGUCUCAGAGGAGCGAGAAGGAGCUGCUGCAGAUCGUCAACAAAAACUUUGACCUGCGACCGGGUGUCAUCGUCAGAGACCUGGACCUGAAGAGACCGAUCUACCAGAAGACGGCUUCAUACGGACACUUUGGCAGGAAGGACUUUCCCUGGGAGGUCCCAAAGAACUUAAACUUCUAGAAGAUCCAGUGCAGCAGCGUCUCGUCACACUGAAACUGUUUGACUGAACGACCAAAUGUUAAAGGAGCGACGCCAUGUUUAUGUCAGUACAACAUUUAUAACGUCUUCAUUUCUGAUACGGUCAGUAUUUCUGUUAUGAUUCAUACUGGUGUCUGCAGCUUUUUACUUUUACUGGAUGAUAGGAAGCCUUUAAAGAUUUUUAAAAUGAAAGAUA